CGCGAGGAGGCGGCGGCAGCGAGACGGGGUAACUGAGACCCACUGUGAGGAAGUGACUUUCACCUCUGGAUGGGGCAGAGCUCAUACGCAGGGAACUUUCAUUUUUGGACCUGCCUCCAGAACCCUGGGGAUUUCCACUGGAGUGGUGAUCACCCCCACCGAGAAUCCCAGACUGCUCGGAGGGCCCAGAGGACACAGUUAAGUCAGGGACUGGAGCUCUCUCUGCCCCUGUCCCUGGGGAGGAGGUGGAGGAAGCCAGUGGCAGGCUGAGGUCCCCCGACAGGGGAAACUCUGAACUGCCGUCCCUGAAAGUCCGCGAUGCGGUUCUUCUCUCUGUCUGACUUGCUCUUCACCUCCCUGUCACUCGGAAGAAUGACUGGACACUCCUGGAGCCUGCAGUCACCAUCCAGGGGGUUUUUGCACCACCAAGGGUAAUUCCUGUCUCUUCCCUGCUGUGACUCAGCUGUGACGUCGAACCAUACAAGCCAGCCUGAAGAUAAAGGCAUCAGCCGCCCGAGUAUCAGUGGGUGGCCCAGCAGAGUGCACUUCUCCAGCACAGACUUCGAGGGGCUGGGCCUCUGCCCUGAGGAGCUUGGACCAGGCCCCGCACCCGCAGCCCGCCUGGGACCCCAGGAUGGCCUCUGGCUCGGGCGGCAGCCCCCGCCCGGCCCCUGAUGAGAACGAGUUCCCCUUUGGGUGCCCCCCCACCGCCUGCCAGGACCCCCCAGAGCCCAGGCCUCUCUGCUGCGCCGUCUGUCUCUCUGAGAACGCGAGGAAUGAUGAGGAUCGGAUCUGUGCCAAAUGCAAAGGGGAUGACACCCCGUCUGAAAGUCCAGGAAGCCUUCUGUCUCAGGAGAAGGAUCACCCCGAGGCGGCUGAGGCUGGAGUUGGGUGCCCCUUUGCAGGUGUUGGCUGCUCCUUCAAGGGAAGCCCACAGUUCAUGGAGGAGCAUGAGGUCACCUCCCAGGCCGCCCACCUGAACCUGCUGUUGGGGUUCAUGAAGCAGUGGAAGGCCCAGCUGGGCUCUGGCCUGGGGUACGGGCCCAUGGCCCUGGAACGGAACCUGUCAGACCUGCAGCUGCAGGGGGGCGUGGAGGCAGCCGGGGGCCUGGAGGUGGACUGUUACCGGGCCCCCUGCUCCGAGAGCCAGGACGAGCUGGCCCUGCAUCACUUCAUGAAGGAGAAGCUCCUGACCGAGCUGGAGGGGAAGCUGUGUGUGUUCGAGAACAUUGUCGCCGUCCUCAACAAGGAGGUGGAGGCCUCCCACCUGGCCCUGGCCGCCUCCAUUCACCAGAGCCAGCUGGACCGUGAACACAUCCUGAGCCUGGAACAGCGGGUGCUGGAGUUGCAGCAGACCCUGGCCCAGAAGGACCAGGCCUUGGGCAAGCUGGAGCAGAGCCUGCACCUCAUGGAGGAGGCCUCCUACGAUGGCACUUUCCUGUGGAAGAUCACCAAUGUCACCCGGCGGUGCCAUGAGUCGGCCUGCGGCAGGACUGUCAGCCUCUUCUCCCCAGCUUUCUACACCGCCAAGUAUGGAUACAAGCUGUGCCUGCGGCUCUACCUGAAUGGGGAUGGGACGGGGAAGAGGACCCACCUGUCCCUCUUCAUCGUGAUCAUGAGAGGGGAGUACGACGCCCUGCUGCCAUGGCCUUUCAGGAACAAGGUCACCUUCAUGCUGCUGGACCAGAACAACCGUGAACACGCCAUCGACGCCUUCCGGCCCGACCUGAACUCCGCUUCCUUCCAGCGGCCCCAGAGCGAGACCAACGUGGCCAGCGGCUGCCCUCUCUUCUUCCCCCUCAACAAGCUGCAGUCGCCCAAGCACGCCUACGUGAAGGACGACACCAUGUUCCUCAAGUGCGUCGUGGAGACAAACACUUAGGGCUGGCGGGCCGAGCCGUCUGCACCCGAGUCCUCGGGGAGACCAGCUCGGAAGAGGGUUCAGCACAAUGCCCGAGGUCCCGGCCCCCUGUGUCCAGGACCCCAGGGCACGAUGAUGGGCCGGGGCUGGCAUCACCUGAGCCCGGCUGACAAAUUGGCCAGGACAUGCCGUCAACUUAGCGACGGGACCUUGGGGCCGACCCAUGAAGGCGGAAGGUCCAGAGGGAGGUGGUGCAGGACUGAUCCCUCAGCACUCACCACGCAGAACUGGAGGCCAGAGGGCCACCCCAGCCCUGAACGUGGGGAUGGACUCUGGGCAAGAGCGGGAGGGUGUGGGGACCAGGCUGGGGCAUGGGUGCUGAGCUGGAGAUGCAGGACCUCAGCCAAGGGCUCCAGGGAUGGGGAGGCCUCUGCAGGUCACCGCGGAGACCGUGCUCCCUCUCUUCCUGCUUGGGGGUCAGAACUGGAACCAGGGGUGGAAGGGAUGGAGCCCAGUGUAAGUCAGUCUGUCCCAGGCUCUACUGAGUUCCCCGGCCCUGGAGGUGAACAAGCAACCACAGAGGGCUACACUUUGGGGAGGGUAUCAAACAAAGGGUGGAAUUAAAGACCUUUGAGGUUCCUUCCAAGCCCAGAAAGUCUCUACCUCUCAGCCCCCCAGGCCAGCUGAGGCCACGGGCUGCAGCGUUCAGGAGCCCCGUGCCCUCCAGUGGCCUGAUUUACCUUCAGCACCUCGCGAUGGGCGAGCUGCCUGCAUUGCACAGCCCCCACUGGGCCUGGCAGUCGGCUUCCCCUCUAUGCAGAGCCACGUGCAGGCCCUGUGUCCUGCGCCUCCCCCAGCCACGGGCCCCUCCGCCUCCUCCAGGUGAAACCGGGGCUCUGAGCUCCCAGGAGCAGCCGGUAGGAGUGUGGAGAAGGAGAGGGACCCACACUUUCUGUGCUGCCUGCCUGGGGGCCCCACCCUCGGCCACGUCCAGAAGCCCAUGUCACCCACUGAACCCAGGUAACCACAUCUCUAGUUGACGGGUCAGGACCUCUGAGCCACCUGCAGACACUGUCCUUUUGUGUGUAUAAAACCAAAGAAAGAACUGUUCUUUAAUCUCUUUUGCAGUUUUCAUGAAGGGUUGUGGGAGUUGGCAGUAACUUUUGAGCUCUGGGUGGACCGGCUAGUUUUGCAGGCGGCACCCAAGCUUCUUCUCCUUGGUUCUCUUGUCUGUAACGGGGGAACUGCCCUGCCUGCCUCACUCACCAAGUUCGCUGACCUCAGAGGAGAUGCUACACAGGAGAGGCUGCCAAGAAGUGGGGGCACCGCUGCCUGCCUGGCCAGGCUGAGGCUCGCUUGUCUUCUCACCUUGGAGGUCGCUACGCAGGACCCUGGCCUGCUGGGAGCCAGCGUGAGGAAUCCCGCCCAUGGCAAAGGUCAUGAGGAAGGAAGCCUGACAAAACGCAAAGGCGUGAUCUGGCUUCAGGGGUUCCCCCUGAGUUUUCCUGAACAUCUACCCCCCAAAACCAGAGUCUGCCUGCUUUAUUACUGUGCUUUUCACUCUUCUGACAUUCUCUGGAAAAAAGUUAAUUCAGGGCUUCAGUCUCCUGCAUCAGCUGAAACCCCUUUGAUGGCUCUCUAACUUGCCUGACAGGUUCCCCCGGACUUUUUACAAUUUGUGAAUUGUUUCCAGCCCCCCAACCACAAGAGGCACAAAGCUUAAAGCAUCUUAAAGAUACAGAGCCUUUUCCAAAGAGCUAAAAAUCAUAUCGGUGAUGGGUUUUCACUGUUGAGUCAAUGACUGUUGCCAGGCCUCCAUAUCCUUUAUCUUUUAACACCUGAAGGAUAUUAAUCAAUGUAAUUGGGAUAUAGGAAAAGGAAUAUAGUAGUUUUGAUGUUAGCAACACUAGACUUUUGAGUUAAUUACUUUUCUUUUGUUAUAAAUCACUGUACUCCUUUUACUUGUAAAUUGUUGUGCCUUUGCUGUGUAAGAAUGUAACUUUAUUUAGUGCUUUCUGAGAGUGGCACCAGACUUUGGGAAGAACAACAUUUUCAACACAAAUAUGUCUUCUGGUUGACAAACCCUUAUCAGAAAAGGGCCGUAAAAUGUUAAUUGGCCCUCUGGCCAGAAGAUGACGUAAAUCACCUGAGACUUGUGUAUACAACUAGGCAUGCAGAGAGAAAGCCUGGUUUUGAUAAGUCAGGGCUGCUGAUGCUGCAUAAUUUUAUAUUAUCCAUUGAUGUCUAUGUACAAAAAGAGGUAUAAAAGGCCUUUACAACAAGAGAGGCUGGGCAAGUCGCUGGACUGGUUUCCCCCGUGUCUCCUCUUUGCUCUGUUCUCUGGCUGAAUUCCCAUCGGGGGCGUGGAGGCUCGCCAUGUCUACUUACUUGCCCCAGCUUUUAAGUUCCACGUGAGAGGGAGUCCAAGGCGGGGCACUCUCCGAUAUUCAAACGGGCGCCGGUGGCCUAACGUAGAUGGUGCAAACUUCUUGUCCUGAAGUUUUAUUACUUCUCCACUUAAACCAAGUUAUUCAGCCUCUUUUCUCCACUAAAUUUUCCUACUACACUAUUUCUUCCUAAUCUAAUCUUAUAUUUCUAAAUAAAUAAGCUUUCCUCGCCUACGCCGUUCACCCUUCGAAUUUCCCUGGAUCCACCGGGGCU